UAAAGAGACUCGUUACGAGACGUGUUCGUGUACGAUCGCAUACCUACUUAUUGUAUUAGUACUUUAUCGCUUAAUUGUAACGCUGAUUUAAAUAAACUUUGAUCUUUGAGUUUAAAACAAAACGUUAAUUUUUACCGGUCGCCGCUAUUUUCAAUCACAGAAGUGUACAUUUAUUACAUAAUAUGUACUUAUAUAUAUUAUUCCAAAUGUUCGGAACACGAAAUUUCACAGAAAUCGUAUUCGUACGGGGACUAGAUCUGGUUGGAAACAAGUGAAAAAAACAAUUGGCAUUCAGUUAAUCAACCUGCGUCCUGUGUCUACCAUGGCGAAUGCCAUAAUGAACGAUGAAUGGAGAACAUUGUAUCUGGCUCGAGCACUGUACGAUGCUGUUGAGGAUUGUAAUAUUCAGCAAGUCAAUACUUUGUUAUCCCAGAACAAAGCUAAUCCCAAUGUUCUCAUACCAGAAGAAGGGAUGACAGCAUUCCAUUUAGCAGCAGGUCAUGAAAACUUGGCAUUCGGAAAAGUAGCGACUUCAUUAUUUUUACAUAACGGUGGUGAUCCUAAUGUACGUUGUGAAGGAAGUCGCACAGUUCUGCAUAUUGCUGUUGCCUGGAAUCGUUCACAAGUUGUUGGAAUUUUGCUCAAAAGUCCUUACAUUAUACCAAAUCCAUACAUUAAAGAUGAAGACAAUCUCAAUGUAUUUAAUUAUGCUGUGAAAUUUAGUGCUUGGGAAUCACUUGCAACUCUUCAAUCUUACAUGAAACAUUCAAACUACACGAGUAUUUUAAAAAAACAAGUCUCUAAUGCAAUGCAAUCAAAAUGUAUUAAAGAAAAAUAUCAAAAUUCUAUAAAAGCACAGAAUACUGAAACAUCUAUUGGCGCUGAAUCAGCAAUUGAUAAAUCCGUUAGAUUACAUACGAGUAGUGGAUAUCUUAAUAGUGGCGAAAGUUUAAAUAGCAUUUCUAAAUCAAUAACAUUUGAUUCAGUUAGUCAAAAAAACAAUAACAUCGAUGAAUGCAUAAUAUUAUCUUCAACAGCUUACUCUUUUGGUGAUGCUUUAAAUACAAAUGGUUCACCAGACUGUCAUUAUAACCUACCUAUUAAUGAUAUUCCAUCAAAACUUUAUUAUGAUGGAUCUGUAUUGAGUUCAAUUAAAUACGUAACAGAUGAAUUUGAAAGUAUUGAAAACAUAAGCUUUCCAUCUAAUAAUUUACUGUCUGAUUCGGAAUUUUUUGAACUUGAUGACAUUGAAUUGGGAAAAAAAAAUAUUUUCAGCGAGAUAGAAAAUAUGUCUUUAAGUGAUACUGACUUGAUGUCAGACAUAUCUGGAUUAUCUAGUUGUUUGAGUUCUGAUGAUUUUUUUACAUGUCCAGAUACAAAUUCUUUACAGAAAAUUCUUAAGAGUGAUACUUAUAAGACUGACACUGAAUUGGAAGAUAUUACAAAAAGCGUAUCAAGGACAAGUAUUUAUGACUCACUGAGCGAUUCAAUUUCCAGUUCAUCAGUUGCCAUAAAUAAUCUAGAAAUUUCAAACAUAAGUACUUCUAUAGAUGAGUGCAGUAGUAGUUUAUUUGAAAUUUCGAAAGAUUAUGAUACAGAUUAUGUUCGUCAAAGUCUUAGGGAGUUUGGCCAUCCUCCAGGACCACUAGUAUCCAGUACAAAACAAGUUUAUGUACGAAAACUAAACCGACUAUUACAUAGGCAAACAGAACUAAAGCAUGAUGAUAAGCAAAUUAAUAAUUCAUCUGGUCCAUAUAGUUUCCAGUUAACUAAAGUUCUAGUUGACGAUAAAUCUGAUUCAUGGAAGAAAACCAUAAAAAGUUGGAGUUCUCUGGAGGAAGCCAUUGUUUGCGCCCAGAGUGGUCCGUCAUUUACAUAUUUGUUAUUAGAUCCACGUAUUACAAACAAUUUGCCUGCCCGAGCUGAUCAGAUGAAUAAUCCCAUUGAAGUAUGGCAGACAUUUAUUAGCUCAAUAUUUUACAUUGGUAAAGGCACCAAAUCUCGACCCAAUGAUCAUAUGAAUGAAGCAUUUCAGUCUUGGGUCGGAAACACAAAUAAAGAUAAAUGCCGCAAAACGGAAUAUAUUUUGAGCAUAUGGAAGGAAAAAUUGGGGGUGGUUUGUGUACAAGCAUUCCACCAUUUAGUGUUGAAAGAAGCACAUAUUCGAGAGGCGGCUAUGAUUGAUGCUAUUGGAUUAGACAAACUUACUAAUGAAAAGCGUGGUACAUACUAUGAUAACACAACACGAUGGUUGACUAGUGAUCGGUGUAAACUAGGCUGCCAUCUUCUCUACCGUGCUAUGCUUGUGUUUUUAGCUGACGGUGAACGUCAAUUGCGACCAGUUGAUUUGACUUAAUUGUUGACAUACUAUUUUUUACUUGAGUAUAUUUACAAUGUUUUUCUCAAAUAAUGACUAUGAUUUUACAUCUAGCCUUUUUUUUCUAAUAUUAGUUGUAUAGAAAUCUAGAUUUCUGAAUCUUAUUAUUUAUCAGUGUAUUUUUGUACCAUAAUAACAUUAUAUCAAUAAUAUUUUAUAUUUUUAUGAAAUUAACAAUUGAUUUUGUGAUAACUUAGUGUCUACAAUUCUACUAUUUCGUUGAAUUAUAAUACUAUAUUUUUUUAUUAUAAAACUAUUUUUGUAUAAUAAAUAUAUUUUUACUCUAAUACGUAAGUCGAUUUAUAUUAUUAUUAUACGUCACUUGUUUACCAACCAAUAUGUCAGGCAAAUUACAAUUGAUAUGUCUUUAAAUUUCAGUAUAUCCAGACAAUGUUAAUAAUCAACAAUAUUUUUUAGUAAAAUAUAAUAUAAAAUUAUUACAAGAAUUUUUUUAUGCAAAAUCGUUAAUUUUU